AUGGCCUCCGACGCUGCCUCCCUCUCGCCCGCCGAGCUCUACGACUCUACCAUGACCGUCCCCUCCGACUCAGAGAACUACUCCGCGAACCAUGAGAUGUCCUCCUCGGUCCAGUCAACCGAAAGCUCACCCAUGAUGCUUUACAAGCCGCCAAGUGUUUGGGGUCUUGUGCGCGGAGCUGCCAUCAACCUCUUCCUCCCCUUCGUCAACGGUCUCAUGCUAGGCUUUGGAGAGCUGUUCGCACACGAGGCUGCUUUCCGACUUGGAUGGUCUAACACUAAGAUCUUCCCUAACCACCGCCGCUCACAUGCAGUGGGCCCGGGUGUUGAGAUGCGGGAGCUUCCCUCGGAGCGGAGACGUCCUGGACUGAGGGAUACUGCUUCUCUAGAAUAAGUGAUU